AUGCCGGAUUUAGAGAACUUCUCAGCUAAUGAUGUUAGUAGACUACAACAACUCACACCUCAAGAACUAGCACUAUUGGAGAAACAGCUUCAGGAACAGUUUGAAACUUCUCUGAGACAAUAUUUGAAGUCAAGACUAGACAGGGUGGAGUUUAUACUUGAACAACUAAAUCAAUCGCUAUUGACCAUGAGUGAGAAUGAAAGGAAUUGGCUUAGAAUAUAUCAGUUUGAAACAGAAACGGUGGCUAAAAUGUUGACCAAUACUGAAUCCAAGAUUCUUAAAGGAAUUAAAGAUGAUCCUCAUCAAAUAGAAGAGUUUGAAAAGGAACUUUAUGCUUUGAUAAAAAAUUUAAGAUCUCCAUUGGAAAUGGAAAAUAACAUUGAUCAUAACUACGCUCUUCCGUUUUAUAACCAUUUCGCUGCAUUCACAAAGCCUUAUAAGGAACAGCUCACUGCCAUAAAUAAUGAAAGAAACCUACAAACUUCUAUGAUAGACAAUAAUGGUCAAGGGAAACUGACGAUUAUUUGGAAGGAAUAUUUAAGUAGAGGAAGAGAUAUUCAGCAAGAAAUGAUUGAUGAAACGUUAGCCGAAUUGACCCAACUACAUCAAGAAUAUUAUGGUUUAAAUUCAGCCAAAGCUGAUCAACAGAAAUGGGAUCAAUGGCACAGAUCUGCCAUUAAUGUCAAUGAUAUAGAACAAUCUAAAUCGCCUAAUGGUGAUAACUUCUAUGGUAUAGAUAAUCGCAACUAUCCAAGGAACAAAGUGGAGUUGACAAAUAUUCGAUUACGCAUAAACCAAACGCAAGAUCAAUUUACAAAUGCUCAAAACCAAUGGCCUUCAGCAGGUGAAAAAGUAAGGUUGAUGUCUGGAGCAACAAAACUUUCAGACCAAGAGGCAGACCAAGAUAUCUGGCUAUUAAGGAACUCAAAACUGCGACAAGGCGAACAAGGUGAACAAGUUGAAGAGAAUGUCGAUGACCAAUUUGUUCUUGACGAGUCUGGAGAUGAUGAAAAUAAGCAAAGCGAUGUCGAAAUGAUUCAUGAUUCACCUUCCAAUGAUUAUAUUGUUCUUACAGAUAAAUCAGAACCAAGUUCACCAGAGCAAUCUCAAGAUGCGUAUCUACAAAGCGCUUAUAGAGAAUUCUUGAAGCAAAAUAUACCUCUGCUUACUCCAACACUGGGACUGUUCAAACUCCCCAAGCUUCCACCACUUGAUUCCUUUCCUCCAGCCUGA